CUUUUGUUAUAUUGCAAGAAAUAAAACAAAAAAUAAAAUAAAAAAAGACAAUGUGUACCAAUAAUCACGUCAAAAUGUGGGGGGAAACAGGAACAACAUUGCUGUGGGAGCAAGGUUCGACUCGCUGUACACGUGACUCAGACAAUGGUUCUUUUCAACAUGAAGCAGCUGUUAAUUUUUUUUUUCAAAGGUAUGCUCAGAGGUCGACUGCUGCUUUCACUUCCUAAACAUAGAAUGGUAUCGUCGACUGGUUCAAGUGUUACCCAAUACCAUAGUGAUUGCAAUAAAACUGUGACUGUGGAUGGUCACCAAAUCAAGAUUCCUUUCACUCCAGGUGAAGAUGAGCCAACAUGGGCUAAUGCCUGGAGACAAGCGGUUCUUGACGAAAAAGCCAAAACAUAUAUCGAUCCAGCAACAGGUUAUACGGUAAUGACGGAACUGAGUCACUUGAGCCGAGGAUUUUGUUGUGGAAAUGCCUGUCGCCAUUGCCCGUACAAUAAUAUCAAUGUGGGCAAACCAGCCAAAGAACGUGUCAAUGCUAAUGGUGAGUUGCUUUACAAGGGCAAGGGGAGCAAGAUCGACUGGUAAGGUUUUUUUGUCUCUCCCAGUGGACUGCCAGAAAAAGCAAUCCACCUCAGCUGGCCGUACCAACACGCCCCCCAAGCAUUUUGGCUG